AAUAAAUUUACCGUAUGUUUAUUAUCAUUUAAAUGACAAUUUUGGAGUUUAUAAGAAAUAUCACGUGUCUUCCGGUAACGAGUGAAAGGUGUAGCUCUGAGAAAAGAAGCGCAAUGUAGGAAAAAAUUGUGUUAUGGUCUAUUUUAAUUUAAAAAGCUGUAUUCAAAUUAAUGUGUAUACUUAUAUCGAAACGAGAAAGCGAAUAAACACAACAAAAUCAGAGAAUACACAUUUAUAUAGAAGUUCCAAUUCUUAUAAAUGCACGAAAUUUUAUUGAAUAAUCAGAAAAGAAUCGCCAGGUGGUGCAGUUGUGAUUGUCAGCUAACUUCAAGUCAGUACACCAACUGGUGGUGGUGAUCAGUGAUGAUAGAGUGAAAUAGCAAUGUUGCGAAUACUAUCACUAUAUAAGUGCAGUUAAAAACAUUCUAAAUUAACAACAGUUUAAAUAAUUAAUUAAAUAAUUGGUUAAUUUUAAAGUAAGAGAAACUUUUCUCACUUGUUUACCAUAAAAAUGGCGGAAAAAACUAAAACAAUGAACCAUGUGAAACAUGUUCCAAAAGAUGCUCAGGUUAUCAUGUCAAUAAUGAAAGACAUGGGUAUUGUUGAUUAUGAACCAAAAGUUAUUAAUCAAUUGUUAGAAUUCACUUAUCGUUAUAUUACUUGUCUUCUCGACGAUAGUAAAGUAUUCGCCAACCAUGCUAAGAAAAAGCUUAUAGACUUAGAGGAUGUUAGAUUAGCAGUCAAAAUGCAAUUAGAAAAGACUUUCACCAAUCCUCCACCAAGAGAUGUUCUUCUAGAGGUAGCAAGAGCUAAAAAUAACAUACCUCUACCAUUUGUAAAGCCAAAUAAUGGACUCAGAUUGCCACCAGAUCGUUAUUGCUUAAACUCUGCCAACUAUAGAUUGAAACCUUCAAUGAAAAAACCUAUUGGAAAGCAAAUGCAUUCAUUAGUUGGGAAUAGUUUUAUGGGACAAUCAAAAGCUAAAAUUGACAACACUAAAGGUGGAUUGUCAAUUGUUAAAAGGCCAGGAACUCUAACAACAGUCGCAAGAACACAAACUAUUUCAGUUCCUAAGCCAGUUUUUAAGUUUUCGACGGCUGGUACAAGCAGUCCGAGUACACUAUUGAAUCCAACUGCCAAACCGAAAAUACAAAUUACAAAUAGCCAAUCGGCAUCAGUUAUCAAGAUGGAAACUGAUGAGAGUUCCAAAAGAAAAAGAGAAGAAGACGACUAUGAUGUACCGUAAAUAGGAACGAUAUUUUUAAUAUUUAUUAUUUUUUAUUUAUUUUUGUUAAUCAAAAAUUUCAUCACAAUAUCAAUAAUACUAAAUUUUAUCAAAA